AAAUAGUGCAAAGACGGGCGUCAAAAGUAAAGAUAAUACCAAUAACAAAAAGCUCUCAGGUUUAAAAAUUUUCGUGGAUUAGGGUUUAUAGUGCAACGAUCAGAAGAAGAAGAAGAAAGGCGGAGGAGUUUUCAGGGAGAAAGCGACAUAAAUGUCGAAGAAGAACAGUUUAGCUCGCAGGAAGAAGCAGCACGAAUUCGAGCUCCAAAGAGAGAAAGAAGAGAGAGAAAAGAAAGCCAACAAGCUCCAGGCGAAUAAGAAUAAGAUGAAAGUUGAUGGUAGUGGCAAGAAAAUGAAGAAAGGCGCUGGUGGAUUUCAAGUUGGGAAGAGAAAAGUGAAGACCAAACUGACAGCAUUGGCAAAAGCUAAAGCUGCUCAAGCUAUGGAGGUUGACAAUUAAGGUCAAAUUGAAUAGUGGUUAACUGGUAGGAUUUGUAACUUAGAAGAGAAUAUUUUUGUUUACUAAUCUCUCUAUAGCCACAUUUUUGUUGUUAACCUGUAUUUUGGCGAGAUUAAUUUUCUAUAUAUUUAUUCUUGUUAUGCUUGUGUUA